GAGGAGAGGAGAGUGAGCACACAGUACAAUCCAGGAGAGGAGGAGGACAGGCACCGCUGUACGGAGCACUACUACCACUACUACUACCGCUACUACCACUAUCACUACCAACAUGUAUGCCAAUGGGAAGGUGGCACUGGUCACUGGAGCUGCCCAGGGCAUCGGGAGAGCCAUGGUGGAGGAACUUCUACACAAGGGAGCCAAUCUUGUAAUGGUGGACCUGAACCACAUAGCUGGUGAAGAAUGCAAAUCUUCCUUGGAUGAGCAGUUUGGAAGUCACAGGACAAUGUUUAUCCAGUGUGAUGUCACAGACCAGGAACAGCUAAGAGAUGCCUUUCAGAGAACAGUGGAACAUUUUGGAAGGCUGGACAUAUUGAUAAAUAAUGCAGGCGUUAAUAAUGAGAAAGAUUGGGAGAAAACUAUUGAAGUGAAUCUGAUUUCGGUUAUUAGAGGAACAUAUAUUGGCCUAGAACUCAUGAACAAGAAGAAUGGAGGUCAAGGAGGUGUCAUAAUCAACAUAUCAUCUCUAGCAGGGCUCACACCUGCUGCCUAUCAACCAGUGUACUCUGCUUCAAAGCACGGGGUAAUUGGAUUCACAAGAUCAAUAGCAGCACUUGCAUCUAUUGGAAACUAUGGAGUACGAAUAAAUACAGUUUGUCCAGCCUUUGUAGACACUCCACUUCUAGAAUCUAUCGAGAAAGAAGAAAAUAUGGGAGAAUAUUUUAAAUACAAGGAUAACAUAAAGGACAUGAUGAAAUCAUUUGGUGUACUAGACCCAUCCCUCAUUGCCAAAGGAAUGGUGAGUCUCAUAGAAGACGAUGGAGCUAAUGGAGCUGUUAUGAAAAUUACAACUUCUCGGGGAAUUCACUUUGAAGAAUUUGGAGCACAUCAGAAGACAAAAGUGUGAAUCUGUGGUUUUCCUUUUUCGCUCUAACAAUAGCACAAAUCUAAAUUGCUGUUUAUAUAUAUAUAUAUCAUUCCAUCUUCCAGCUUUAUAUCUUUAAAACUAUUCUUUUUCCUUAAUGGCUCAUACUUCCUUGAUUUUUUGUAAAUAGGAAGGUGUCAAUGUAGUUGUUUUGAGAUAUAUACUGUAUAUAAUUAUAUGGGUUCCAGCCUAGAGAGCUCUUUUUGCUCACACAAAAAUGGCCGCAUACAGCUUUCAGGCACCCUUGCCUUUUCCCACGCUAAGUAAAUCAAAAUGUGCAAUUUUAUUGCAGUUAGCUUGUGAAAAGGCAGGUAUCUCUUUUGGUGGUUUUCUGGGAAUGUAUCAGGUUGUGUGCAUGCACAUUUAGGUUCUAUAUCCUUUUGUGCUUUGGUAGUGUCUGCCCAAAUAUAUAUUGAAAUUUAAAAGUGUUAAUUAACUAAUAUUUCACAACAGUUUUCAAUUUACUUUCAGUGAAAAACAUAUUUGAUUAUCAUUUUUCUCAACUUUAAACCCUAAUUUCAAUGUACCUGGCUCUGUCAGACAUUUUAUUUUUUAUUUUUUCAAUUCUUUAUUUUUUAUUUUCAGUAGAGAAGGGUGUACAAAUUACACAAAAUGGUAAUGCAUAGCGACAUUGAAAGUCAUUUAGAUCAAGGAUAUACAAAGCCAUUAGGAAUUGUUUAUAUGAUAAAUACCAUCAGAUGAAAUGAUAAGGAGCCUGUGAAGAAUAGGAGGGGGGGGGGUUGUACAGGGCAGAGGGGAGAAGUUAGGGUAAGGAAGGGCAACGGGAAAGAGAACUAUUGAAGAGAGUAGUGGUAAGGAGGCUGUGGGCAUGGUAGAGAUUGGAAGAGGAAGAAACUAUAAAAAAGGGGGGAGUUGGUCAAGCACAGGGCCAAAAUAAAUAUUAUCUAUGUGUUAAAGCUUUAUGAAUCGGGCAUAAUGGCUUACUACAUUUUGUGCAAUGCUCUCUGCUUUAUUGCAUACAUUUGUUGCCAGCUUUAAACAUAUUAUAAAUAAUUUCAUAAAAUAUAAGCAAUUCUAAUGAAUCUGUAUAUCAGCCAUGAGUAACAUGCCAACCCCAGGAAGGUACAGCAUACUGGAAGUUGCAACUGGAAGCUGAAGAUUUUUUGUGAUUAUUGUACAGUAUAUUAUAACCAAAAUCUGACUCCAGAAAUAUUUUCUUUACAAUAUGGAAAAUAGCCAUUAAAAGUAAAAGAAGAAAUGUAUGAUUUUUACUGGCUAUAGCAAUGAAAAUGUGUUUUACAAGUUUUGGAUAGAGUGCAGAAAGUUAAACCCCUGUCAACUUUUUAUUUAUAUCUGCAUCCUUGCUAGGGAGAUUCACCUUCAGCAUUUGUCUUGAAGACCAUUUUCACAGGGGCAGAAAGUUAUAGGAAAGGUCAUGUUCCAGUGAAUGUGAAGAUUCUCAUUUAUCCAGGUCAUGAUAUAACUAGCAGUAGUCAUUUAUUCAAUUGGAUUUGUUCUGUAAUGUUAAAGUGAUUGUAAAGGCUUUUUUUCCCUAUAAAAAUAACAAACAUGUUAUACUUAACUUCUCUGU